UUUAUGGCGGCAGCACUUGCGUUCACAGAGACACAAACCAGCGAAGAAGAACUUAGCGCGGGUAGUUUGAGUGUUUUGCUAACGGUUAGCAUCGGUCGGCUAGCGGAGGUCUACUCGGCGUCAUGGAGGCCACGGAGAACAGGUUUGCUCACCUGCUGCAGCCCAUCAGAGAACUGACCAAGAACUGGGAGAUCGACGUGGCGUCCGAGCUGAACGACUACCUGGAGGAGCUGGAUGAGAUGUGCAUCACGCUGGAUGGAGGCAACAUCAAGCUGAACUUCGUGGAAGCCGCUCUGCUGAUCCAGGGCUCAGCCUGCAUCUACAGCAAGAAGGUGGAGCUGCUGCAUAACCUGGUCUAUCAGACCCUGGAAUACAUCAACGACAGGAACAAGAAACGGAACAAACAGGCGGCGGCGGCGCAGGAGGACGGAGGAGACGCCGGCUGCCAUGACGACGAGGAGGAGGAGUUCAGUCCUUUGGAGCUGGAGGCGUCGGAGACGUCUGAGAGGAGCGACGCUAACUCGGAGGUGCAGGUGGUUCCUCUUCCUCCAGAGUCUCUGAUUCCUCCUGAGACUCAUGAGAAGCAGAAACUUCCUCUGAUCAGUGUGAAGGGGGAGGUGAUUUGCAGUCUGAAGGAUUUCAGGAUCAACUUGUUUACUCCACGAGACCUGGACCUCAUCCUGCUCACGUCAGCACCUCCUCACUCCCACCUGGCCUCCCUCCUGGAGGAGCACAGCACAGCUGUUGAUAUUGUCUAUGCAGCAGGAGGAGGAGGAGACGCAGUCAGAGGAGGAGGAGACGCAGUCAGAGGAGGAGGAGACUGUGCAGAGGAGUUUGUCCCUCUGGGGGACAUGGAAAUGGACGUGGAGGAGGAGGAGGAGGAGCACGUGGACAGACACCAGGUCUCGGCUCCUGGUGACGGUCCAGUGAUUAGAGAGAGACGAGGACUCGAGGGACGAGGACUCGAGGGACGAGGACUCGAGGGACGAGGAGACGAGGGACGAGGACUCGAGGGACGAGGAGACGUGACUCCUCCCUCCGUGAAGGUUUGUCCUUUUCACGACCCGUACGCCGUCCUCGGAGAGGACAGGCCUCUGAAGCCAGGUAAAUGCUACAGGGUUCCAGAUGGUCUGGACGACGGCGGGAAGAGGAAGAGGAGACGAGCUGCUGGUCUGCAGGACUUCAGGAGCUGGUUCAGAGGAAACCUGUUUCCGGCUGAACCAAAGCUGAAGAACGGGCCGUCGCUCUCAGACCUGAACUACGUUUAUUUAACGUCUCUGAAAGACAAACUCAGGACACAGAGGAGGAUCUGCAGGAAGGCGGGUGUGAUGGUCUCUGAUGAGGAGCUGAGGAGGACCUUCCUGCAGCCGGAGGAGGCGGGGCCUCAGCAGCAGGGGGAGGAGCCUGUGGAAGGACACGCAGACCUACUUGGUGGAGACGAGGACUCAGACGACGAACACGAAGCGUUUCCUGAAGAGUUUGGACAAGAAGACGUCGUGAUUCCUGAGUCUCAGAGGGACGAGCUGAGGGACGAGCUGAGCUACGAGGAGCUGGUGAAGCUACGUGUGGAUCAGCUGGUGGUCAACAGCCGAGGCUACACUCAGGAGACGGCCUUGUCCCGGAGGGUCAAAGACUGGGAGGACAAGAUCCGGCCCGAGCUGGUGCUGCAGGAGGAGCGUCCGGCCUUUGACAUCCACGUCUACGGGGAGAGAAUCGUCGGCGCUCUGAGCGGAGUCGGUCACCGUCGACCUUUCUCCUCCAUCGUUCAGGGUUUGGACAACUUCGAGGUCUGCAAGUAUCUGCUGGCGUCGCUGCAGCUGGCCAACGACUACACGGUGGAGCUGGACUGCAGCGCGGGUCUGGAGGAGGCGCUGGACUCCAUGGGUCUGACCCUGCUCAGCACCCAGAGGGCCACCGACCGGUUCAAGACCCUGACGGGCUCCAGCUGAAGCUCCGGUUCCUCCCCCGCCCCCCAAUCAAGACCCCAGACUCCUCCUCUACACCCCAAUAUUAAAGCUGCAGUAAAAACUUCUCUGUGGAAACUUUGAGUGUUUUAUUCCAUUAAAUGUUUGUCAGGAUUUAAA